UUUACAAAUAAAUUGGCUUGGCCUGAUACGAUCAAAUAUAUACGAUUAUUAGGCUUGAAUUGACUCGUUGAACUCGCUGCCCUGAAUAACCAAUGACAUCUAAGCAAUGUCUAAACUGUACUACCUGGCAAGCCUGACUCUCAACCAGGAUAGUAUAAACCCCUAUCUACCCACCUCAUACUCUUCAUAACUAUAGGUCUAGUAGAUUGUAGCUGUCCUCCAGAUUGUUUAAAGAACUAUAAAGCCUGCCGUAGCAGCAAUCAGGUGUCUGCAUGUCUCCAAAUACCAACCAUUAGAACACGGGCACUUGAUUAGCCACCAUGAACAUGAAGACUUUCGUUGCUACCUGUCUAGGCUUCAGCAGCCUUGCCCUCGCUACUGUCCCGGGCUUCGACAUCUCUCACUACCAGUCGAGCGUAGACUUUGGAGCAGCAUAUAGUUCUGGAGCACGUUUCGUCAUCAUCAAAGCUACAGAAGGCACCACCUACCAAGACCCCAGUUUCAGCGCCCACUACACCGGCGCCACCAAAGCCGGCCUCCUCCGCGGCAGCUACCACUUCGCGCGCCCCGGAUCGUCCUCCGGCGCCGCCCAAGCGACGUACUUCCUCGCGCACGGCGGCGGGUGGUCUGGCGACGGGAUCACGCUGCCCGGCAUGCUGGACCUAGAAGGCGACUGUGCGGGCCUGUCGACCGGCGCCAUGGUCUCGUGGAUCGGGGACUUUAGCGAUACGUACCACGGCAGGACGGGGCGGUAUCCCCUGCUGUACACGAAUCCGUCGUGGUGGUCGAGUUGUACGGGCGGGUCGCGCGCGUUCGUCGGUACGAAUCCGCUUGUGCUUGCGCGGUAUGCUGGGAGCGCGGGGGCGCUGCCGGGGGGGUGGCCGUAUUAUACGAUUUGGCAGUUUAAUGAUGCGUAUAAGUACGGGGGCGAUUCGGAUACGUUUAAUGGGGAUCUCACGGAGUUGAAGAAAUUGGCUUCUGGCUAGUCGUCUUAGGUCAUACUUAGCCAACUGUCGAGGUUAUUAAAUUACGACUGGUCCUUGUUGCUACGUUUAGGAUGCUUUGUUUACGGGACUUUUCUCCUAUUAAGAAUAGGUACCUAACACUACGGGGUCGCUUUUAUUAGAUAUUAAGCUUGUUGGUUUUGGUCUUUAGAAAGACGACAUGACUAACCUAGGUAUUUUCUAGAAUUUGGCUGGGUUAAUUACUUGAUAUCCUAAAAUUGCAUUCUUUCGGUAGCAUAUUGUUGUUUCCGGGAAUGCAGCGAGCUUAUAGGAGUUGAUACGGGAUGUAAAGUAUAAGUAUCCAUUUAUUGGGAUUGUAGCAGGUCUAGGUAUCAGCUUUUUUUUAGAGAUGUGUUGUAGUGAACCUGUAAGCUACAAUAGAUGUGUCUAGGGAUGAUAUAGAUAGAAAGGUUAGUUAGUCUAUAUAUUUGUAAAAUCAGGUUCAUACUUUGUCUCAACUACGUAGGUAGCAUAAAGAAUAGACAGUUGCAUCGAGGCCAAACAGGU